ACGAUCUUGGAUAAUAUUCAAUUGUCAUCAUUCUUGUUUGUCGGCUGACUCAAUGAGGCAAUUUCUAACUAGUGUAUUGUUUUUGAUAAUGCUAGAAUUAUAAGUGUGACGUGGAAAUAAUAUUCCUCUACUUAUUUAUUUUGGUUUGCAAUAGAUUAAUUACCAUAUCUUGAUUUAUGUAACGAAAGAUUUUUAUUGUCAUCGUGUUCUGUCCUGUUUCAGCGUAUUUUUCAGAACUCAAUUUGUUAUUUCAUCAUAUAAGUGAGUGAUCCAGAACUUUGUGUAGAUAUCAGGUUUUGGAUUUGGUGCAAUAAUUGUGCAGAAUAUUUGAGUUGUUGUAGAGUUAUGCAAUAAAGGAAUUGUGCAGAAUAGUUGACUACACAAAGAAUGGCUGCUGAUAGCAGUGGAGUUGAAUGGGCUUCCAUAGUAAAGCCCAUUCUAGCAGCAUCCUAUGGGUCUUUCAACAAAAAUGAUAUUACUGAACUUGUUAAAGCAAUUGUGAAAAGUGAGCCUGAUUUGAUGAACCAUGAGGAUCAAUAUGAAACGUUUUACACAUCUUUUGCUGCAUUGGCUGCUGACUACAUCAGUUCCAGCAUCAGUUCAGUGUGCAAGGGCCAGCUGGGCUCAGUGUGCUCUGCCGCUCGUAUCCUUCUGCAAUAUCUGCUCAGCCGACUCCAGAGUCACGUUGCCUCGGACUCAGUGGCACCAAACACACUCACAGCCAAGCAACUGCUGCUUCCGAUCAAGGCUUUGUGCAGUGCCACGGCACAGCUCUGCCGCACCGACCAGAUAGCUCUCACCGCUAUCAUGAAGAAUGCAAAACUGCCACCACAUAUUAAGACGUCUUUACCCAGCGACAAAGAGACGACCAACCUGAAAGAUUCGAAGAACAAAUCGAGGUCUGACCUGUCCGCACUGAUAGCCGAACAGCUGAUGACUCCACUUCACGACUUUGUGCCACAGAAGGUGGCCACUGUGGAGCCUGUGGAGACAAAAACCUCCGAACCUUCUACAUCAGAGACUCAUCAAGAUACGGAGUUGAUAUUCACACAGAAGAGUGUAGCCAGCCUGCAGUCCCUGAGCGCUGGGGACAUCCUGGUAGAGAUGUGUCUGAACCUGCCGCACCUGGCACGUUACCGCAACAAAUACACUGCGGCGGUCAGCAAGAAACAGUUCAGCUUGCCCUCCACACACACAGAGGCUCUCCUGGUCCGUCACAGCUUGCAGCCAUUGGUAAACGACAUCAACAUGGUGUGGAGUGCCCUAUCUCUGCCAGUACUGGAACCCCUGACGCAGGCUAAGAUGGAAAAACUGUCAACAAUAACCAUGUCCUGCCUGUAUGCUGCCGUGAGCAUCGCCACAGCCAACAGCAUUUUGGGUAUCUCCUCGGCCAUCUCGCCCAAGACUGCCAUGUCCACUAAUAGCACUGCAACAAUCCCAGCAAAACCUGGUGAAGAGGAGGGCAACCUCGAUGCUUUGGCUGUUUCUGUUGUUGAGAAGUCACUGGAGAUAUUUAACCUUAUCUCAAAUGUCUUCAAGACCUCCACAAGAGCAGGAGGACAUAUUCUCCAGAAUCACAUGUUGCUGGGUGUCUGGCUGUUGACUACAGGACUACAGAGUCAACUGUCCAACUCUAGCCUGCUGCCCUCCGACAAGACAGGCAAAGAGGACAAGGGCAAGUCUCCCAGCAAGUCUAGAGAUGGGAGCUCCCGCAUAAACCUCAUGAAAGUUCAGCAAGGGUUUGGGGUUUUGUCAGUAGCACUGGCUUGUCGAGCCCUCACCAUGAUGUCAGCUCUUCUGGACGACCUGCAAGUGGAAGCCAACGAUGGUGGCCUAGGAGAACCCACCCCCGCCCAGCUUCACAUCCUCACCCCCGCCACGGCCCUGCAGCGGGCAGCCCGUGUCCUUACCUCUGCUCCUCUGAACCAGUUCCUUUUUUACCUGGCAACCAUCAGCUACCGGAAGGCUUGCACUUUGAAACGUAUUCAGAAACAUCCUCCUGAAGGAGACACGUUCAGUACGUCUGACUCAACCACUUACUACGACGAUGACAUCAUCAGCUGCUCGGAGGAGAGCUCACCAGAUGAAGAUGAUGACAGUGAGCCGCUGCUAGGGUUGUGGUUUGAGGAGACGAUCUCAGUGCCAGAUACCACUCAUACAACACAGCCUGGUGCCGAAGUACAGGACAACACCAGCAAAACCAACAUGACUCCUGACACCACUGGUUCUAUUGUGCCGGAGAAGGGAGAACCCAAUGGGUACAUUUCGUUAGCAUCCCAGAUCUUCCAGUUCAUGAACAAGUACCUGCUGAACUCUGAGAGUGCCUAUAUCCAGGACUAUGUGGAGACAGGGCUAGCAGAGCAGCAGAUGGUGAUUCUGGCUGCCAUCAUACGAGAUUUGGACAGAGAAACAGCUCGUACAGAGACCGGCACGAUAUCUGUAUAUUUUGGAGCUGCACUGGGCGUGUUAUACAGCGAGUUCUCUCAGGCACUGACUCGUUACACUCACAACUUGCUGGCUCGUAGCUUGCUAGUGGAGAGUCUGCAGUUGACACUACUGCACCAUCUGGGUGUCAGCCCAACACAGUCGGACAACAACAACGCCUGGCCUCUGCAGGUCUACCCUCGGACUCUGGCUGUACUCGCUCAGAUUUUACUGCUGAAACCUCAAGCGGAAAAGGAUACAGCAGUGAUCAACAUCUGGAAUAGACUUAUACACACACUGGUGGAGAACAUCUGCAACUAUCCCACCACUUAUGAUGCUGACAAUGAAGACAUGAACGUGGAGCACGCUCAACUGUUGCUGUUCCUCUUCCACUCUCUGAACUUGAUGCAGAAGAAGUCCGUGCUGUUGGCGUGCGCAAGCGGGAUUAUCCGUGUUGGAGAGAGCUCAGUACGCGGGCUUCUCAGGGAGUCCCAACUGCUCUGUCUCUCUCGGCUUCUGCUGCUCUUUGAGUACAUGAUGAAACAUCUGUAUGACGCUCCACCUGUGCUGCUUCAACACGUGCAGUGGAACCUGUUUAACGCUACCAGCAUGGUAGGAGACACGGUUCAGGGCAGAGCCCCAGCCAGGAUAUUCUGUCCCUGGAAGGAAAUUGAAGACAACUAUCGUAAACUGGGACCACAGGAUGAGUUCUCAAUGAAGCCUCGCUUCUACAGUAUCAUCAAUUCGGAGCUGAAUAAUCAAGAGCACCCCAAGCUGGACGGCCUCGCUUGCAAUUUCAUCUUGGGAUCAGCAGAAAAGGUGAAGUAUCCACUGCUGAUGGAUGUGCUGAUAGAAAUCCUCAACGUGACUGACCAGACUAUUCCCAGCAUCAAGUCCACAGACAAGAUCAGCUUCACGGCCCUUUGUGCCACACAGUAUUGCUUCACCAUCUGUUGGAGGCUCUUGCUGCAACUACCACCCUCCACCCCAUACUUGGACAAGUUGGCACUGGGGCAAGGGAUGCCAGCUACUCCCCUCCUCCUACAUUCCCUAGUUUGGGGACCCAGAGCCGGCCACAAGUUCUUCAGCAGUUGGAUGCGGGAUGCCCUGGUGAAACAAGGCAUGUACACCCAGUACGCAGAGACUCUGCUCAAGAGUGUCACUGACAUGGUGAACAGCAUUAGAUACGACGUUACUCUCGCCAAGAACAGCAUUGUGUCCUUAAUGCCUCAUAUACAACUCGAAGGAUGGUUGGUUCCCAAAAGAGAUCUCCCUACAAUCAUGGACCUUUGUCUAAUGGACACAGUCAUCGCCAAGGUGAAGGUCCUGGCCUUACCUGGUGGUACCUCCGAGACUACUGACCUUAACAAAACAUUUGAGUGCACAGAGCCGAGUCCCCGGAGUGAGCUAGCGCAGGACUUGCUGCCUCAUGUUCUGCGGCUGACAGAAGUAAUUUUGGCGUGUAGCAGGACCAGCCUGAUGUACCAGAUCAACGAGAGCUCGGAGGCAAGUGGUGGCUAUUCGCUCGGAGACUUCAUUGCGUUCCGCUGCGUGCUUGCAGUCUCAUCCUCACGCAGUGUCAAGACACAGAGUUUGUCUGCGGCUCUCACCAUCCUGCUCCCUGCCAGCGUCCGCACAGUCCUCGACAAGUGGAACGCAAAUGCUGUCACUGAUUUCCCUUCAAACACAUAUGCCAAUGACAUAAUCCCAGAAGAGAGUUACGUGUUGGCCGUAGUCAACGCUCACAUCUCCACACUCUCCAGUCAGCAGACCUUCACUAUCAACCCUUCACUCAAACAUCUGCUGCACUCACUGGUCACUUUCAUCAGUGAGCACAUCAUGCGGUGCGAGGAGACAAACGCACUACGGCAGCAGGCGGUGUCAGUGCUAGCACCGCUCACUCUGGACGCCUGCACGGAAUAUCUGCAUGAUAUCGCCUUGCGGACGUUGGAGAGAGCUAUUGGUGAUCCAGAAACUGAAGGACAUCAAGUCUGCAUCUACAGCUUGGUGCUCAACAACAUCUACACUCUGGUCAUCAACUACACAGACGCCACCUCUGUCUGCAGUGAUGCUGUCAACGAGAAGCUGCUGCAGGAGUGUCUCACCUGGAUGGAGGGUCUGCUGGAAAAGCCGGCUGGCAGGCAAGCCUUAGACCAGUUCUUUGAGAGUUCCACCAAACAUGAUCUUCUUCAGAUCCUCUUAUCUAUCGCGAGCCCUCGGACUUGCAAGUCCUCCAUGUACAGCACCAAAGUACUGCAGUUCUUCAAUAAACUUUUCAACAUCGCUGAAAAGAACCCCGGUGAUGUAGCGCUGGAGAGACUACGAGCAUCGAUGCUGAACCUGGCGGCAGUGGAGAGGAACCAGCUGAUCAAUUGGCUGCGUCACGUGAUACUGGGUCCUGCCAAGCCACCGGUAACUAGUGGCAGUAGCAGUACUGUGACAGACACUACUACCAGCACGAAUGCGGUGGCUACUGACCCCCCUGCCACCUCCACAGCACCGACCACCACUGCUCCCACCACCCCGGCGGGCACAUCUACAACAAAACCCGCUUCUGACUCCAAACUGCUCCAGGAGAACCAACUGUUGCUGCAGUACCUUACCCUCUACAUCAUCAGUGAGAACAGUGAGAAUGUUGCCAAAGAGGAGGUAGCAGUCACGCUACUGGAGGCUCUCAUCCCGAUUGGCUCCCAGUUACUCUCCACAGCUGAGGGGGUCGGCUUCAAGGAGUUAAUGGUUGUCAUGGCAACACUGGCCGACGCAGGUUCUGGUCGCGGCCACCUACAACUGUUCACUGCCUCUGUGCAGUGGCUAGAAAUCUGCAAGCAAUAUCUGUGCCAGAAGGAGGUGCUGGCGCAGCUGGAAGGAUCAGCACAAGCCGGAUGUAUGGUUGAAGCAUGCUGCUACCUAGUAAAUUACGUGAGCGAUGUGGUCAGUGCACUUUGUCCUUCGGGAGGUCGAGCCUGCUCUCCUCCUUGGGACGGUGAUACUCUUCCUCCUUCCGACCUUGACCAGGAGUGGACCGAUGACCUCGGACACGACGACGACGAUGAGAGUGGUGGUGAUGACUCGGAUGAAGAUAGCCUAUGUAACAAGCUGUGUACGUUCACCAUCACCCAGAAAGAGUUCAUGAACCAGCACUGGUACCACUGCCAUACUUGCAAGAUGGUGGACGGUGUAGGGGUGUGUACAGUGUGUGCACGUGUGUGUCACCGCAACCACGACGUUACGUAUGCCAAGUACGGAAACUUCUUCUGUGACUGCGGUGCGAAGGAGAACGGCUCAUGUCAGGCUCUGGUAAAGCGCAGCCCACAAUCACAGGCAGAGAACCUACCCGGACAGGCAUCAUCCACAACCAACACCGUCAACAUGGGGAUGGAGCUGACCAGCUCGCUGCGGCGGCGCCCCUCCUCCCCCACCUUGCCGGAACGUGGAGGCGAACCUCGCAGCCUGCCCCGCGACCGCCAUCGUAUCGCCACACUCGCCAAACAGCUAGAUGUAUUCUCGGACACUCUGACCAGUAUGAUCUGGACAGAGGGCAGCAUUGUGAGCCCUCUCCUGGAGCUGCUCCAGAGCUUGAUGCCAGCAGUGGAGGCUGCUUGCUCUAGACAGUCUCCAGUCGGGUGUUAUCAUCGAGCCCAGGCGGCGCUCAACCAGCUGCACACAGCCGACAAACGUUUUGAGACCACAGACCAGCUCAUGGUCCCCACUCUAGGCUCACAAGAGGGAGCAUUUGAAAACGGUAGGAUGAAUUACACAGGAGACCAGGGCCAGACUAUCAGACAGCUGCUGUCAGCUCACAUGAUCAGACGUGUAGCAAUGUGUUGUCUGGCAUCACCCCAUGGCAAGAGGCAACACUUGGCAGUAUCCCACGAAAAGGGCAAGAUCACGGUGCUGCAGCUGAGUGCGCUGCUGAAGCAGGCUGACUCGUCGAAGCGCAAGCUGACUCUCACUCGUCUAGCCUCGGCUUCCGUACCCUUCACAGUGUUGUCACUCACAGGCAACCCUUGGAAUGAGGACUUCCUUGCUGUCUGUGGUCUCAAGGACUGUCACGUGUUGACGUUCCACCCCUGUGGUUCGGUGGCUGAACACCUGGUGUUGCAUCCGCAGCUGGAGACAGGCAACUUCAUCAUCCGAGCUAUCUGGCUGCCUGGUUCGCAGACUACUCUAGCUCUCGUCACUGCCGACUUUGUCAAGAUCUACGAUCUAGGCCGUGACGUUCUCAGUCCACAGUACUAUUUCCUUGUGCCCACCGGCAAGAUCAGGGAUGUCACUUUUAUCUGCCCUCAGGAGGAGAAACCUACAAUGCUCUUGAUGUCAUCUACUGGUUACAUCUACAGCCAGGACAUGGACGAAGAGAGUUCUGCUAAGCACGGGCCAUUCUAUGUCACCAACACAAUGGAAGUGUCUCACCCGGAGAUCAAGGAUGUGAACGGGCAGGUGUGCGCAGGCGGUGUGUCCGUAUACUACUCGCACACGCUGUGCUUGCUGUUCUUCAGCUACGCGCAAGGCCGCAGCUUCAUCGCGCCGGUAAAAAGCAAAGAGAGCGUGCUCGGACCCGUGUUCCAGAUACAGCUGAGUCGCCCGCCACCCAGCACCAGCAAGGCCAACAACACGGCCACCAGUCAACAACCUCAGCCACUGUGCCAAUGGAGCGAGGUGCCCAACCACCCUGGCCUCGUCUGCUCAGUCAUGCAAACUAGUAACAACCCAGUGAUCCUGAUGGUGAAGCCCGACUGCGUGAUGGUCCAGGAGAUCAAAGUGGUGCCAGCCAAGGCUAAAAUCAUGGACACAGUGGCGAUCAGACACCCAUCCUCCAGCAGUGACCAGCGCACCACCCUGAUAUUGCUGUGCGAAGAUGGCAGCCUGCGCAUCUACAUGGCAUCCAUGGAGCAAACAGGCUUCUGGCUAUCUCCCACUAUCCAGGCUGUGAGCACAAUGUCCAAUUUGAAGUCUGCUAAGAAGAAGAAAGUACCUAAAGGAAAUAAAUCACCAGGGACAGUAACAUUCCCAGUGGACUUCUUUGAGCACAGCACUCUCCUCAACGAUGUGGAGUUCGGUGGAAAUGAUCUACUCCAGAUCUACAAUGCUUUACAGAUCAAGAACAGAUUCAAUACUACAGGCAUGUAUGUUGUAUCAACAAAAGCGACAGGCUUCAAUAUUGACAUCGUCAACAAUGAUGCCACUCAUGUCAUCACAGGCAUCAGAAUCCUGCUCGGCAACCAGGACACUCAACGCGUGCCAGGAUACAUUGAGGUAUUUGGACGUAGCAUACAGACCAGCCUGGCUCGUAACCGAUGGUUCGACUUGCCCCUCACUCGUGAAGAGAGCUUGCAGGCCGACAAGAAGCUGACUGUCACUUUCGGCCCGUCCCAGGAUCCUGAAGGUGUCACUAUGGUGGACUCCAUUAAAGUGUAUGCUAAGUCGAAAGACAGUUUUGGGUGGCCUGAAGAAACAGAGGAAGUGACCAGUAACACAGUGGUGCCAACCCCAGCUGCCACAGGCAACACGACUGAGACCGCAGACAGUGUAACCAACUUUCCUCCUCCCAUCACAUCACUGGAUAAGAUGGUUUGCGGUAUUCUGGAGGUACUGGACAGCACUAUCCUGUUGAUGAGUAGUGACCAGGCAAACAAGGGUCAUGUGGUACCUGUGUCAAACCUCACUUCUCUCAUCUCCUACCUGCUCAUUCUACCCACGGCUACAUGCGUGCAGCGACAAGUCAAAUCCGUGCUGGCUGCACUCCACCCCACCCGCCAGUCUUACCACAAUUACAAGGACCAGGUGCUGCUGAACCACAUCUCCAAGUCACUAGCAGGACUGAAGCAGGUGGAAGACGCUCGGGACCUGGACGCUGAGGCGUUCUAUCGUCUGGUUCUGAUGACUCGGGCCAUCGCCACCACUCGGCCCCAGAACCUGACCAAGACCAUCACUCAUGAUCCUAGCUCAGACACACAAAUCAAGGGCUCAGAAAACUCAAAGGAACUUCUCUAUCAGUUGACAGACAUACUGUGGAAACUACAUGCGGUUCGGCCCUCCAACAUUGCCCUGGCCUCAGUCUGCGUUCCAGGCCUGACCCACGUGGAGGCUGCUGCUCACUGUAUCGUCGAGAUCAUCCAUGCGUUCACUCUGGUAGAUAGCAGCGACAGUACCGUCUCACUGGCUGUCAGACUGUACCUGAGUCUGCUGCUGUGUCAGGACACCAGUGUCAGCUUCAGUGCCAAGCAGGCAUUCAUCCGAGUGUUGAGGCCGAGGCUGAAGCGGCGUAGAGUCUACAUCCCCAGUCCUCCUCACUGCAGUACGCCAGGAGCUGUAGAAUCGGAGAAAGCAGGCCCAGUAUCCCAGCCAUCCCAGGAAUCCUCUGAGGCUGACCAGGCACACUUUGAGGUGGAUGCCGUGGAGCCCAUGGUCCUGCUCGCUCCAGAUGCUGGAGCAGCUAGCGGAGUGCCGAUGAACAUGGAGGUGCUACUGGGAGCCGGAGGGUUCCCCCCACUACUGGACAUCCCCCCUGAUGCGGACGACGAGACCAUGGUGGAGCUGGCUAUAGCCCUCAGCCUGCAAGACCAUGAGGGUGCCGCCAACCUGCAGAGCAUCACACACGGUCUGGCCAACCUGCACAAUCUGGCUGGUCCUGCACUGCAGAAUUUACAGGUGUUGGCUACCCAGAGUUUGGGGCAAGUACAGAACCCUGCAGGAGGCAGUCAGGAGGCCGGUCACUUCUCAGACACGACGGCCAGUGCCGGAGCCAGUGAUGAUGAGGGUUCCACAGCCGCUACUGACGGCAGCACGCUGCGCACUUCCCCGGCCGAACAGGGUGGUAGCGAGAGCGGAGGCAGUGGAGUGGACAGCAUCACUGGAGAACACAACUACAGCAUGUCUGGCCGUAGUUCAGCCUAUGGGGAUAACAUCCAGGAGAACUUGGUGGGAGCUCGGAGUGAGACAAGCUCCCUGGGGGCCCCCGCCGGCUUCCAGAACCAGGAGCCUGACGGUGUUGAGGCAGAAGCUGAGGUGGACAACGAGGGAGGUACCAAACUCCACGACCUCAGACUCAGCAUUUUGGAGAAGCUGAUACAAUUUGUACCUCGACUCAGUGAGGUCGGGGGAGUACGAGCAAUACCAUUCAUGCAGGUGGUUCUGAUGCUGACGUCAGACCUGGACGGUAAUGAGGAACGAGACCGAGCCUGUCUGGAGAACCUGCUGACCGCUGUGAUCGGUGAACUGUCCAUGCGGCAGCCUGACAUCUCUGAUGUGUGCAAACGAACACCGCAGCGUGAAGUGCAUCUGGUCAUCAUGAGGCUCAUCAGUGUGAUGAUGUCAAGAUCCAAGUCCAGCAGCAAGACCAACACAGACAACUGCAGCUUCAUCUCUCAGGUGACAGCAACCAUGUUACAACAGGCUGGAGUCAUAGACUACUGUCUACAGCUGCUUAAGCAGUUCCUCUCCUACUGGAAGGGGUCCGGUGGGGAGGAAGCAGGUAGCAGUGUCGGCGGGGUCCUGCUCAAACCCCAUCUGAAUUCCUCACCCCCCGACAUGUCCCCUUUCUUCCUGAAGCAGUACGUCAAGGGACACAGCAAUGAUGUGUUCAAGGACUACCCACACCUGCUUACAGAGAUGGCUCUGAGACUGCCCUACCAGGUCCAGAGGUACUCCUGUGCACCGAUCACCUUUGAACAGGCUUGGUUCUUCUUCCUGUGUGAGUAUAUGAUGACACAACAAGCCCCCUUCAUCAGGCGACAUGUGCGCAAGCUGCUCCUCUUCAUCUGUGGCACCAAGGAGAAGUAUCGGCAGCUGCGGGACUUGCACUCUCUCAACUCCCACAUCAAAGCAGUACAAGCGUGCUGUGACAACGGAGGCUUCUCGGCCGGAGGUAACAACCCCUUCAGCCUCUCCUUGUCCUACGACGCUCUGGUGGAGCUGAUAGAACAUCUCAAGGCUUGUGUGGAGGUGGCCUCAUCUCGGACCAUCAACUGGCAGAUGUUCUGUCUCACGCAUGAGACUAUCCUCUCGUUCCUUCUGCAGGUGAGUUGUCUGCUGGACGAAGUGGUGGCCCAGACAAUAUUACAACUGCUGCAGUGUGCGAUCUGCCCACCGACACCCCAGGCUAGCCAGAAUGACAAGUCGAGCAAGAACGGCAGUAGCAGCAGCAAGCCGGAGAAAGAGGGAGAUAGUGAGGAGGCCAACAACUGCACGGCACUGGUCAAACAGCUGAACAAGUGUGUGGAAAGGGAGUUACUGACACGGUUCAUCCGGACCUUCCUGUUGGAUACCAACACCACCAACAUCCGCUGGCAGGCUCACGCCCUGGUGGUGGCCAUCUACAAGAACUCCGACAAGGGCGAGCAAGAGACAGUUCUGGACCUGAUGUGGUCGUUGUGGCCCAAUCUGCCAGCGUAUGGACGCAAGGCUGUGCAGUUUGUAGAUCUCUUAGGCUACUUUUCCAUCAAGUGCAACAGUGCCUCUACCAAGAUGAACGAGUACAUAGAACAAGCUGUGAACGUGCUUCACACACAAAACCUGCUCUUGUCACACCAUCCCAACACCAACCUUUACACCCACCUGGCUCAGUACGUGGAGCUGGACGGCUUCUACCUGGAGAGCGAGCCCUGUCUGGUGUGCAACAAUCCUGAAGUUCCCAUGGCCAGCAUCAAACUGUCCAGUAUCAAGAUUGAUUCCAAGUUCACCACGACCACUCAGAUAGUAAAGCUGGUGGGCAGUCACACAAUCAGCAAGAUCACACUGCGCAUCGGAGACCUGAAGCGGACCAAGAUGGUGCGCACGAUUAACAUCUACUACAACAACAGAACAGUGCAGGCGGUCGUCGAGCUCAAGAACAAACCAGCAAUGUGGCACAAAGCCAAGAAGGUCAGUCUGGUUUCCAGUCAGACAGAGGUCAAGAUGGAGUUCCCGCUGCCGAUUGUGGCUUGUAACCUGAUGAUUGAGUAUGCAGACUUCUACGAGAACCUCCAAGCCUCCUCAGAGAGCCUGCAGUGCCCGCGGUGCAGCAGCUCUGUCCCGGCCAACCCUGGCGUGUGUGCAAACUGUGGCGAGAACGUCUUCCAGUGUCACAAGUGCAGGGCCAUAAAUUACGAUGAGAAAGACCCGUUCCUGUGCCACGCGUGUGGGUUCUGCAAGUACGCCAAGUUCGACUACACACUGACAGGGCGACCGUGUUGUGCUGUGGACCCGAUAGAAAACGACGAGGACCGUAAGAAGGCCAUCACAACCAUCAACAGCCACCUAGAGAAGGCAGACCGCGUCUACAAGCAGCUGGUCGGCAACAAGCCUACUCUCGAGAUGUUGCUGGUGAAGAUCAGUGAACACAGACUGGACCGCAGUGGUGAGGAGACGACCACACAGGCCACCAGCAGCACUGCGGUAGUGAAUCAGGUAAACAGAGCCAUACAGCUGCUGGCCCAGCGCUACUGUGGCGACUGCAAGAACUCCUUCGAUGAGCUUAGCCGCAUCAUACAGAGGGUACAUGCAUGCCGGCGAGAACUGGUGGCUUACGACAGGGUGCAGUUAGAACAGUCACGGGGCGGUCGUAGUGGCAGCACUGCAGGUCUGGGUACGGCCAGCUGCAGUAGGCAGGAGCCGGGGGCCAGUGCUGCCAACUCCCACCCCAGUGCAGGCCGCUGCUACGGUUGUGCCAGCGCCGCCACUGAACAUUGUCUUACACUACUCCGAGCCCUGGCCGUUACACCCUCCAGCCGGAAAGUGCUUUGCGCCCAGGGCCUCAUACAGGAGCUUGUAGAGUUCAACCUGCGCAAGGGAACUGUUCAGGUACAAGAGGAGGUGCGUCAACUGUUGUGUAUGGUUACACGAGACAACCCGGAGGCCACCGAGGCCUUGUGCUCGCUAAUCAUGGAGCGCAUCUCUGUGACCAUGAGGGGACACGGCACCGUGGACCUGGGCUACUCGGUGCGGCCAGAGAUAGCACUACUUGCUGCUCUCAUACAGAAAGAGGAUUCCUGCUGGGAGCUCAAACUCAGAUCCGUGAUGCAAUUGUUCCUGAUGGCCAGCAAAGACAACAAGUCCCCAGUUGUGAUGGAGUCUGUGCUGCUGCCCUGCCUCAAGAUACUGCAGAGUCUCAUCAAACCAGACCAGCCAGGCUCUAAGAAGAACAAGGACAAGACUUUGGACGCACUGGCCACCCUGAGACCCACUGAAGGGGUCCAUGUGGACCGCAACAAGUGGCUUGAGAGAGACCCCAAUCACACCUUCGAGGCGUGGCGACGCAAGAUGUACUCCAAGGAUGCAGAGAUACCCCCAGUCAAACCAGUUACCAAGGAGGAGGUGCGCAGCCACUACCUGAUGGAGAAGUACGCCAAGCGGUGGAGAGAGCGCACCAUCAGUCCUGUACAGCCACUGAGGCUCACGGACUCCGCCUGGCUCAAGAGUGUGCUGUUUAACACCAGCUCUCGCCUCGCCCGCCAAGUAGCGUGCAACAUGCUGGAGAGCAUCUGUCAGGUCCCUGUGCGCAAGAAAGAGAUGCUGGACUUGCUAACUGGGUUCCUGGCCGAACUGGGAGCAGCAGGGGAGAGUGCUGCAGAGUUUCUGUCUCUGUACCAGAGCCUAGUCCAGCAGUCCCCAUGGAAGCAGUAUCUGGCAGUGAAGGGUGUGCUAAUGUACCUGGCUGAUCUUCUCACCAGGGAGAUCCAGGAGCUGCAUCGUCUAGAGGAGACCACCCUCACCUCAGACCUUGCUCAAGGUUACGCACUGAAAAUGCUGACAGAGUUGAUGGCUUCAUUCCUGGAGCAGGACAGUAUCAAACAGCUGUACAAGGGACGGCUGGUAGGGGCAGUGCUCAACGGCUACCUGUCCCUGCGCAGGCUGGUGGUACAGCGCACUCGGCUCAUAGACGAGACCCAGGAGAAGCUGUUGGAGUUGCUGGAGGAAAUGACUACAGGCACAGAGGCAGAAACUAAAGCGUUCAUGGCCAUCUGUAUCGAGACUGUGGAGAAGUGCAGCCCGGACGAUGUGCGAACGCCUGUAUUUGUGUUUGAGAGACUCUGUUCCAUUAUCUACCCCGAGGAGAACGACGUUGGAGAAUUCUAUCUCACUCUAGAGAAGGACCCGCAACAGGAGGACUUCCUACAAGGUCGCAUGUUAGGGAAUCCUUACAACAGCAAUGAGCCGGGUCUUGGUCCCCUGAUGCGAGACGUGAAAAACAAGAUCUGCCAGGACUGUGAGUUGGUUGCCCUGCUAGAGGACGACAACGGUAUGGAACUGCUUGUCAACAACAAGAUCAUCAGUCUCGACCUAUCCGUCAGAGAGGUGUACAAGAAGAUCUGGGUGGCGGAAGGUGGAGAAGGAGGUGUGAUGAGGGUUGUGUACCGAAUGAGAGGGCUGCUGGGAGACGCCACGGAGGAGUUUGUUGAGACUCUCACUGCCAAGAGUGAACAGGAGGUGGACAAUGAAGAGGUCUACAAGAUGGCCAAUGUCAUGGCGGACUGCGGUGGUCUGCAGGUGAUGUUGAAACGACUAGCCAACAUCGGAGAUACCAACCGGUCCAGGUCACUGCUCCAGGUGCUUCUCAAGCUGUUAUGCCUGUGUGUCAAGGUGAAACGCAAUGUGGAGGUGUUGACUCGACCGGAGUUGGCCACAGUGUCUUCUCUGCUUAACAUCCUCCAGCUGUGCCUCACCGACCCCUCCCAGACUACUCUCACCCAGCAAAUACUCGACGUGAUGGAGACAGUGUUGUCGAGAGCAUCAAGCCUGUCACCAGAGGAGUUCAGCAGGUUUUCAACAACGCUGGGCGGACCAGAACAUGUUCGUAGUCUGUUGGAGAUGACAGAGACGUGCGCGACUGUACGCAGUAACCCCUCACUGCUUCACCACCUCACUACAGUGCUGGCUGCACUCACCUACGGAAGUCACGACAAGAUGGCGGUACUCAUUGACCACUUCCGCCCCCACCCGCUCGACUUCAACCGCUUUGAUCUCGAGCAUACACCUGAGAACGAGCAAAAGUUGGAGCUGUUCUGCAACCUGACAGCUGGCAUUGAUCAUACGCCUCAAGGCAACACUCUCAAGGACUACAUAGUGUCACUAGGAAUUGUGGAGAAGGCUUUGGAGUACAUUUCGAUGCACGCUCCAUCGGUUAAGCCCACUCUACUGAGGGCCGACAGUGAGGAGUGGAAGGAGUACAUCUCACGACCUUCCCUCAAGUACAUCCUCAGGUUCCUCACCGGCCUUGCCACUCAACAUGAAGCUACCCAGCUGGCAGUGUCAGCAGAGUGUAUCCCGAUAAUACACAGGCUGGAGCAAGUUUCAUCGGAUGAACAUGUAGGCUCACUGGCAGAGAAUCUGCUGGAAGCGCUCAAGACCAAUGCAGCAGUGGCCACAAGGAUACAGGAGGUGCGCGAGCAGACGCGGGCCGAGAAGAAGCGACUCGCCAUGGCCAUGCGAGAGAAACAGCUGGGAGCACUCGGCAUGAGAACCAACGAUAAGGGACAGGUGACUGCGGAAAGCAACAUCCUGCAGCAGAUUGAGGACCUGGGUGAAGAGACGGGGUUGGUAUGUGUCAUCUGUCGUGAAGGCUACAAGUUCCAGCCAGGCAAAGUGUUGGGGAUCUACACCUACACCAAGCGAUGUAAUGUAGACGACUUUGAAGCGAAGGCUCGCAAAACUGUGGGCUACAGCACCGUGACACAUUUCAACAUUGUGCACAUCGACUGCCACAUGAGUGCUGUCAGGUUGGCACGGGCAAGAGACGAGUGGGAAUCUGCAGCCCUUCAGAACGCCAAUACUCGCUGCAAUGGUCUGCUACCGUUGUGGGGCCCCCAGGUUCCAGAGUCGGCCUUCGCCAGCUGUUUGGCUAGGCACAACACCUACCUGCAGGAGUGUACCGGGCACAGGGACAUCAGCUAUGUGUCGACUGUCCAUGACCUGAAGCUGCUGCUACUGAGGUUUGCCCAAGAGAAGAGUUUCCAUGAGGAUGCAGGAGGUGGUGGUCCCCAGUCAAACAUGCACCUCAUCCCCUACCUACUCCACAUGGCUCUCUACGUCAUUAACACCACACGAUGUGGAGGGCGUGAGGAGAAGAACCUAGCCAGCUACCUGGAGUGUGGUAGCGGAGAGCGGUGGCUGGACUCCAGUUACGAAGCGGAGGGGCCGCUGUACUGGGCUACCCUCUCACUGUGCCUGCACUCACCUGCGCGAUGGCGCGUCACGCGACUGGGACACCUGCGUCGUCUGCUGACUUUGGCACAUGCCCGGCACGUCACACCACCUGCUGGCCCUCACACCAUCUCCGAUCCCACCCCUGCCGACUACAGUGUCUACAAGAGUACUCUGGUCUUCUUUGGUCUCAUCGACACCAUCUACAAGCAGUACUUCAAGGGCAUCACUGUGACCAGUGAGGAGCAAUGGCCCACCAGCCUGGCGGACUACAUCCGCCACAACGACGAGGCUCUGCUUCGGUGUUCCGAGAGGUUGAUGGCUGCCUACACGGAGGAACUACUACCAUCCGCAUCCUUCGAGGAACUAUGCGACGUCCUUGGAUUCCUGAACGAGAUCACUGAUCCUUCGACCUACAUCAAGGACAUCCUCACAGGACUGACCUCCUAGAAUAGACGUAGAUGUUGCACUGACUUCGUUUGUUUCAAGUUCAACUCUUUUUUUCACUAGUUUAUUUUUUUUAAAUGGUAUGUUUGGCUGAUCACCAUAUAUUCUCUGUAUUCAGCUUCAUAAAUUGAUUCUAUUGAAAUAAAUAUGAGGAAUACAUUUUGA